CCUUGCAGCACUAAGCACACCUUAUGUAUAGGUGUAUAGCCUGACAAGCAGGUGACAAGGUUGUAGAGCAAUCAGCAUGGACCUGUGGGCUCUCUUCUCCUGGGCUUGUCUGGUUCUGUUGGGCUUGGCUGUCUUCUGCUUCCUCCUCUACUGUGCCUACAUCCACUACAUCCACCUGAAGUAUGACCACAUCCCGGGACCCCCCAGGGACAGCUUCUUCAUGGGUCAUUCCCCGACAUUCAUGAAAGUGACCAAGGCCAAUGGACUUGUUUAUGACUGUCUCCUUGACUGGGUGUUGAAGUACGGCCCGGUUGUCCGUCUCAAUGGUUUGCACAAGGUUUUUUUACUUGUUACUGAUCCUGAAGGAAUAAAGGAAUUCUUGAUGUCAUCAAAGCACCCGAAGGACCAAUUUUAUGAAGAUAUAUUCUAUUUGUUUGGAGUACGAUUCUUAGGGAAAGGAUUACUGACGGAUCGGGAUCACCAGCACUGGCACAAGCAGAGACGACUGAUGGAUCCUGCCUUCAGCCGAUCGUUCCUGAUGGGUUUAAUGGGAAUGUUCAAUGACAAAGCGGAGGAGUUGGUGGAAAAGCUGUCAGGGAUGGCGGACGGAAAAACAGAAGUUAAAAUGCACGAUAUGUUCAGUAAGGUGACGUUGGAUGUCAUUGCCAAGGUUGCAUUUGACCUGGAUCUGAAUACCAUACAAGACAACCAGACGCCGUUCCCGCGAGCCAUCCUCAUGGCCAUGAAAGGAAUGGUUGAGAUGAGAAAUCCCCUUGUUCGUGUUCUUCCAUCAAAACGGUCCAUUGUCCGGGAGAUUCGCGACUCUGUACUUCUUCUCCGUAAAACGGGAAAAGACUGUAUUGAGAAGAGACAGAAGAUAUUACAAGAGGGGGCAGAGGUUCCUGGAGAUAUACUGACACAGAUCCUUAGAGGUGCUGCUCUAGAAGAUGAGUGUGACAUCGAGGUCAUGAUAGACAAUUUUGUGACAUUCUUCAUUGCUGGGAUGGAGACAACUGCUAAUCAGUUGUCAUUUGCGGUCCAGUCACUGGCACAAAAUCCGGACAUCCUGAAAAAGGCCCAGGCGGAGGUGGAUGAAGUCAUCGGUUCUAAGAGAGACAUUGAGUACGAGGACCUUGGUAAACUCCAGUACCUAUCUCAGGUGCUGAAAGAGACUCUGAGGUUGUACCCCAGCAUAGCAGGAACAUCCCGACAGACGUCAGAGGAAGUGGUGAUCGAGGGAGUGAGGAUUCCCAAAAACACAUCUGUUCUGCUGAACACCUACAUUACUGGGAGGAUGGAGACGUUUUUUCCGGAUCCACUCACUUUUAACCCAGACAGAUUCAGCCGUGGCUCUCCCAAGCCGUAUUUUACUUAUUUUCCAUUCUCUCUUGGCCCCCGAAACUGUAUUGGGCAGGUGUUUGCACAGGUGGAGGCCAGAGUCAUCAUGGCCAAAUUGCUGCAGAGACUUGACUUUGAGCUGGUGGCGGGUCAGAGGCUCACCAUUUUGGAUGCAGGAACGCUCCGCCCCAUGGACGGCGUGAUGUGUCGUCUUAAACUCCGGGAGAAGCACUGAGAAGAAUGCAGAAGAAUCCAUCCGGAGAAAACGUUAUUCCUGAUCAUUGCGGCGACUUACUGAGAAGCGCUAGUCACGUUCUUUGUUACAUGUAACUCUUAUUUGCGGUAUUUUGCUUCUGGAAUCGGCAUUGGAUUCCUAUAACUCAGGGAACUAAAUUCAAAUAUUUGUACAUUUUUUUUUUUUUUUUUUGGGCAUAAUUUUGAAGAAAUGUCUUUAUUUUGUAGAUUUUUUGCUGCUUUUACUGUAAAUAAGCCUUUCCAGACAAAAAAUUACCAUAUUUAUCUAUGGAAAAUUAUAAGCAUCUGGAUGUCCAGGGGGCCCAGCUACAAGCCAGGGGGGCAUAGUGCAAUUGGUCAAAGCUGUACACCAGGGCAUGAUGAACUUGUAGGUUGGUAAAGCGGAGCUCCAUCCAAAAGGGGAAGGCCCCCAUCCACUGCCACAUUUGGUACCUUUUCGGGGGGG